AUGUAUGACUUCUACUACACCAAACUCCUCAACGACUCCUCCAAAUUUGAACCUCGGGCGGGUAACAGAUGGGUCGAGGUGUGGGAGCCUGAUGCUGGCGGCGAGCUGGUGUUGCUUGAUGGCGAAAUUGCCGAGUCCGACAUUUCAGACCAGAUUGGUGUCCAUAUAACUUUACCGGCAGACAGGGCGCUCGACAAGAAUCUCACCAAAGGUCGUCUCCGACUCCAGCUUUUGAUUGGAAGCCCGGAGCAGCACAAAAGCGAUGCACAGAUUCUGGCGCUGCCAAUAUCUCGCAACACCUUCGAGACAAUCAGAACCACGUGGAGUCUGCCCACGGAACUGCUGCGCAUGAUGCUGAGCACGCUACCUAUAGCCACAGAGUUCCAAACCAAGAAUUCCGCAGGACAAGCAAUAACGGGCCUUAUGGUGCGCAGCGCGAGAUCGAGAGAUUGGAAUUUUUGUCUUGGACUCGUCUACAACGAGGAAACAAAAGUCGUCUCUGGUAUCGUGAACGGCAUGCAAGCUGAUGAAACCGAUCUGAUGCUCAAAUGUCUUCGCCAGUCCACAAAAUAUCUGCAAGACCCAAUGCUGCUCCCAGUAUUCCUGCUAGAGGCCAAGGUCCACUAUUUCGCUGUGCUUCUUGAAAAGCGUGCGCAAGGUAUCGAGAAUAUUGAGUAUAGAACUGGCAUGAGACAUGGCUUCUCUUCAAAUCCGGAACGGAACGCAGAAAGAAAUCGGGAACGAGAGAAGCUCCUGAAAGAGCUCGACUUCGACGAAAUCACUCAGAAGCUGACAGGCGUCACUGGAACUUUGUCGUUCUGCGACAUGACAUUUGCUUCGAGCCUUAGAGCUUUGGACAUCGUCUGUGCCGUCCGGAAUCGAUUCAACAGCCAUCUGAAUAUGCGUCUGGAUAACGCUGGCUUGAACCUCCAGAACAGCCUUGAUACGAGGAUUUCAUAUCUGCGAGAAUUGAUCGUUGGAGCUCAAGUUCACGGAGAGGUAUUAUCAGCACGGACACGGGCUCAGGUCCAGACGGUCUACAGUAUGAUCGGUCAAAAAGACAAUAAGCUCAACAUCGAGACCGCGGCGACUUCCCAGAGGAUCGCCGAAAUAGGCCUAUUUCAUAGCAACGCCAUGAAGGACAUGGCCGAAGAUUCGAGGAAUGUUGCCAUACUCACCCGCAAGGACAGCACCGACAUGCGCAUCAUCGCAGUGGUAACGCUCCUGUUUCUUCCAGGUACUUUUAUGGCGACACUCUUCAGCUCCGGCUUCUUCAACUUUCUGCCUGGACAAUCCAACCAAGUCGUUUCGAAGUGGAUAUGGCUCUACUUCGCCUUGACCGGGGGUUGCACCUUUGUGGUCUUUCUCGCUUGGUAUCUGUCAUCCAAGAGACAGAACAAGGAGAUGCUGACCGUGAUGAAUGGAGACAAACGCCCAUCAAUGCCGGCAAACGUACCGAUCGAUUCUGAGCACGGGGUCGCCACGAUGAUUGCACCACCGGCCAUUCCGCCAUUUUGGUUGGAACGCUCCAGAUCAACCGGUGACGUUGACCCAUUCACCUCUUUUGGGAGCUCUCCGGAUACUGUCAAAUAA